UUCAUUUAAUUGAGUUGAGAGCUUCCACUACCAACUGAUUUCCAUAAAAUAACAAUUUACAAUAUUUUUAAUCUAGCUAUUUGUCUGUUUAACUCGAAUUUAACUUGAAGAGAACAAAGAAAUAUAUUUCUACAUAUUUAAUAUUAUUUAAUAUUCCGUAUUAUGUAGGAAUUUAAUAUUUAAAGAUAUGAUAUACAUUAAAGAUAGAUAGACGCACCCCUAUCAAUACAGCUCCGCCGAGUACAUAUAUUAAAAAUAGUUAUAAUUAGGUAGUCGUGAAAUAAAGUGUAUUUGCUGUAAUUACAACGUAUCAAAUUAUUGUAAAAAAUUCGAUAGGUGUGUUGCAAUAAUUUACGUACUAUAAACUUAUUCUUUUAUGAAAUAAUGUCGAAUUUUGAAGUAUCUUCAAAGACAGUCUUUGUGUUGGAUGGAGGAUUCUCAACACAGUUGACCUGUCACGCCGGUCAUACUGCUGAUGGCGAUCCUCUUUGGAGUGCACGAUUUUUAAAGACACACCCUCAAGAUGUUAUUAACACACAUCUGGACUUCCUUCGUGCUGGCUCUGACAUCAUCGAAACAAAUACUUACCAAGCCUCCGUAGAUGGAUUUGUUAAGCAUCUGAACUUAACUGUCGAAGAGAGCUACGAACUGAUAAAAAGUGCUGUUGAAUUUGCAAGAACUGCACGCGACUUAUACUUGCAAGAAUGCCAAGAAUCAAACCUUUCAGGUCGGAAACCACUCAUAGCUGGUUCGGUAGGUCCUUAUGGUGCAUAUUUACAUGACACAUCAGAAUACACCGGUAAUUAUGCUGAUAAUACAACAAAGGAAACCAUAAAAAAUUGGCAUAGGACAAGAAUUCAAGCAUUAGUAGAGGCAGGUGUAGAUAUAUUGGCGUUCGAAACAAUACCAUGCCAAAAAGAAGCUGAAGCACUUGUAGAAAUAUUAAAAGAAUAUCCUAAUAUGAAAGCAUGGUUAUCAUUUAGCUGCAAAAAUGAGACUUCCUUAGCACAUGGAGAAAAUUUUCAAAAUGUUGCCAAAAAAUGUUGGAAAUCAAACCCAGACCAGUUAAUAGCCAUCGGAGUCAAUUGCUGCUCUCCGAAAAUAGUGACUGAACUCUUUAAAGAUAUAAACAAUGAUCAAGAAACUUCCAUACAAUUUAUCACAUACCCUAACUCAGGAGAAACUUAUGACCACAAACUUGGGUGGACUGAAUCGGACAAAUGUGAAAGCUUACAUAAUUUUGUUGCUGAAUGGCUUGACCUUGGAGUUAGAUACAUAGGUGGUUGUUGCAGAACAAAUGAUGUAGACAUUUCUAGAAUACGCAUUGAGACAGAUCUUUGGUUGAAAAAAAACAGUCUAUGAAUGUAUGACUUUUUCAUUUUGCAAUAAUCUUUCAUUUUAAUUAUUUUUUUUUGUUUUCUUUGGGUUUUAUUAAAACAAAUAGGUAGUUGUUAUAGAGUAAUGGAUUGUUAUUUACAUCAUCAUGUUAUUUACAUAUGACAUAUUAUAACCUAGUCUUAUGACUUAUUGCAUCAG